AAAAUGUCAUAUGGUGCGGCGAAUACAAACCGUGCUCAUUUGCAAAAAAUAUUUUGAACUCUUUUCCCGUCAAAAAUGACCAAUAAGAUAAUUUAUACACGGCGAAAAACACAUUCUCUCACUAACACACCCAACAACAGACAAGAGAAUAUCAGAGAAAAGCAGCUGUAGCGCGAAAUUCGUGAAGUAAAACAAGUUUUCGAUGGAGAAAUCUUGAGGAGAAAUGUAUGUCAAAAUUACAGUCAGUCGCUCUGAAAAGGUCUUUGUGUUUGGACAAUAAUCGCAAAUUUCUCGGUGAAAAAAUAUUAACGCGUUGCUGUGUUUUUCUCGUUGUACACACAUGUUCAACUUGAGUUUGAUUUAAUUAAUUGAUUGUAAAACAAAGUGAGUGCGGAAAGACUACCAGCAGUGAAAUUGUGAUUAAAAUUUAGCAAACAACAAUUAACGUGGAAUGCAUAUAAAAUAAAUUCGCUAUUGAAGGUUGUUGCUAAUUAAAUAUGAAAAUUGUUUGGUAAUUUUGAGAAAUAUGCUAGUGAAAAUACAUAAGUUAUAAAGGCAUUUGGUGGAGUUCAUCAUAAUAAAUUUCUUAAAUAUUUCUGAACGGUGAUUUUGUGAAGUGGUUUGUGUGUGAUUAUCGCAAAAAAGAGAGCCAUAAAGAGCAUAAAAGUUUGACAACGGGCCAAAAACGACCAUCAACGAAUUCUCAGCAGAAAAUAAACAAAACAAACGGUUAUUGAUAUUCAAGAAAAUACCAAAAUUACUGUUAAUAUUAAUAACCAAAAGGUAUGAUGGUCAUCAUUUCCAAAAUAUAAAUUAUUAUUCAGAUCCAUUUGAACAAAGACAAAUCAACAACAACAAAAGCGCUUCCAACGAAACAAAUUGCGAAAGUCGUAACCUCGCAUAGCUUUAGUCUCUUAGAAAGCAGCUGGCGCACACCUGGACAUGGAACGGAGGAGCAAACAAAUAUCGAAAUAGACGAAGAACGCACCCAACCCAUGAAAGAAUAGCAGCGACAGCAAUAACAAAGGCGAAGGUCAAAUUUUACACGCUCCCUUCUGUGAUCACGCCUCAGUACUCGUGUUUUAUUGACUGCCAAUGCAACUCUGCACAUAAAUAUCAGUUGAUUUUUUCCGAAUAACCACGUUUAAACGAAAAACUAAUAACAACAACAACAGCCAUAACUUCAAUCGGUAGUUCGGUGCGAAGGAGAAGCUUUCUCUAUAAAGCAGCAAUACCCUGCGGCCAACACACGCACAAUGAAAAACGACGUCGUACGAUGGAGUCCAGUGGCAAAUGCACAAAGCGCCCGCGAGAGCACGCCAAACAAAAGCAAACCUUUUCCAUCACUAAACGCCACGCGUGCGCACCCAAGCGCUGUGACUGCGCAUGCGGCGUCCAAUAGUGGUCACCUUCAACUCCAAAAGCAACAACAAUAUUGUGAUACUAGUGCAAGUUUUCUUAUUGCAACAAAACCAAUAACAACAAUAAAAACAAGUAGUUAUUUAAUAAUUCCACGACAGCAUAGCAAACGUAAAUCCGAACUCGCUUCGUCAUCCAACACACUGAGCAGACAUUUUCAAUCACAACAACGGCAAAUACAAACAAACAAUUCUCAUCGCCGCCGGCAGCACGAAGUGAAAACGCGGACAUUUGCUGCCUUGCAUUUAAAUAGGAUUUUAUUAAAUUGUGUGCAAUUGAAUGUGUUUUUAGUGUUUUUGUUGUGUACUUUGAAUGUCGGUUUCGUGAUUGUGCCGAGCGUCAGCGCCGCCAUCGUAAGCAACACGAGCGUGUUGCUUGUGGGUGGUGCGGUGAAUGCGCUCGAUGACGGUGCGACAUACCAGCUGGACUAUGCGGGGAGAGGAGACAGCGCGACAGACAGCGAGGGCGCGGCGGGGCAUUAUACCCACACCUGGGCGGUGCAUAUACAGAGCGGUGACGACGGCGUGGCCGAUCAAGUGGCCCGAGAUCACGGUUUCGUCAAUAUGGGCAAGAUUUUCGAAAAUCAUUACCAUUUCGCUCAUCAUAAAGUCUCUAAGCGUUCACCGACACCCUCGCAGUCGCAUCAGAUACGCCUUGACGAGGAUCACAGAGUACAAUGGGCUAGGCAACAGCAGGCAAAGUCGCGUCAGAAGCGUGACUACAUACGUAUGCGCCCGUCAAGGACAUCGUCACGUGCGCUCUCACAGGUGGAUACAGUUCCUCUAAACGACCCAAAAUGGGCGCAAAUGUGGUAUCUGAAUCGCGGAGGCGGCUUGGAUAUGAAUGUAGUACCGGCUUGGCAGGCUGGCAUCACCGGCAAGGGUAUUGUUGUGACAAUACUUGACGACGGUCUGGAAUCGGACCAUCCAGAUAUCGAGCACAACUAUGACCCUGAUGCGUCUUAUGACGUCAACAGCCACGAUAACGAUCCAAUGCCGCAUUACGACAUGACUGAUUCAAAUCGGCAUGGUACGCGUUGCGCUGGUGAAGUGGCCGCCACCGCCAAUAACUCAAUCUGUGCGGUUGGUAUUGCAUUUGGUGCCAGUGUUGGCGGUGUCCGAAUGUUGGAUGGCGAUGUGACGGACGCCGUCGAGGCGCGUUCCCUAUCACUCAAUCCGCAACACAUCGACAUUUAUAGCGCGUCGUGGGGUCCCGACGAUGAUGGUAAAACUGUUGAUGGUCCUGGCGAAUUGGCGCAGCGCGCCUUCAUUGAAGGUGUAACCAAAGGGCGUCAAGGCAAGGGUAGCAUAUUUAUUUGGGCUUCGGGUAAUGGCGGUCGUGAGUUUGACAAUUGUAAUUGCGACGGCUAUACAAACUCCAUUUGGACACUGUCAAUAUCUAGUGCCACCGAAGAGGGUCACGUACCCUGGUAUUCGGAGAAAUGCAGUUCCACAUUGGCGACCACUUACAGUAGUGGCGGACAGAGUGAGAAGCAGGUGGUGACGACAGACUUGCAUCAUUCGUGUACGGUAUCACAUACGGGUACCUCAGCUUCGGCGCCGCUGGCUGCCGGUAUAGCAGCACUAGUGCUCGAAUCGAACACGAAUUUGACGUGGCGUGAUUUGCAACAUAUUGUGGUGCGUACUGCAAAGCCGGCCAACUUGCGAGAUCCAACAUGGUCGAGAAAUGGCGUCGGUCGACGCAUUAGCCAUUCGUUCGGCUAUGGUCUCAUGGAUGCGGCAGCGAUGGUGCAAGUGGCACGUAAAUGGAAAACGGUGCCAGAACAACAGCGUUGCGAAAUUAAUGCGCCGCAUGUGGACAAAGUCAUUCCGCCCAGAAGUUAUAUCACAUUACAGUUAACUGUAAAACACUGCUCAUCCGUCAAUUACCUGGAACAUGUGCAAGCAAAAAUCACACUGACAUCACAACGUCGCGGGGACAUUCAGUUGAACCUCAAGUCACCAGCAGGCACCAAAGUUACUUUAUUAACAUCACGUAUUCAUGAUGUUUCUCGUUCCGGUUUUAAUCAAUGGCCCUUCAUGUCCGUCCAUACUUGGGGAGAGUCGCCGCAUGGCGAUUGGCAGUUAGAAAUACACAACGAGGGUCGCUAUAUGGCGCAAAUCACACAAUGGGACUUGAUUUUCUAUGGCACUGAAACGCCCGCCCAACCGGAGGACGCGGUCCAUAUUAGUGACGGUCUAUUUGGCAAUGAUAUGGGCCACAACGACAUCGAGUACGAUGCCAAUUUGCAAUGGCGAAAUAUGCAGCAGGUGGGUGAAUCGAGUGUGAUGGCCAACGAUAAGACGAAUGCGUCGUGCCUGAAGGCGACAUCCGACCAAAGAUGUUUAGAAUGUGCCGCGUCUACGUAUUAUUACAAUGGCCACUGCUACGAACAAUGUCCCAUACACACUUAUGCCAUCCUCAGCGACAGCACGACGGCCAACAGAACGACGAUACUAAGCGACAACAUCAUAUCCAAGACGAGUAUAACCGACGACGAUGAGCUACAGUCGAUCGAUCGCAGACGAGAAGCUGUGCGCUUAUAUGCCGACACGAGUGAACCUUUGGAACCGAUACAUUUGCGGCGCUGCGACAAAUGCGACAACACCUGCCAACGCUGCUAUGGACCACUAAAUUCGCAAUGCAGCACCUGUCCGCCUGGCAGCCAAUUGCGUAAAAUACCACGCACAAAUGAAACAUUUUGCUACGUCUUUGCGGAACGUAGUUCGGGUAAUAGACUCGAGGACGUCUUCAGUGCCAAAGUCGAAACGAUUGACAGCGUAGAGCACGAUGAAGCUAUGAAUCCGACAAGCAUCGUAUACCUUACGCUAAUCAUGGUGCCAGCGUUGCUCAUCAUUCUCGUCAUUAUGUUUGUUUCGGCAGCACGCCGGAAUAAUUUGCGCAUACCGUUCUGGCGAAACGGUAGCACAACCGGAAAUGUGAUCACACUACCGAAUAUCGGCUAUGAUCGUGUAGCGCUGCUGACCGAAGGCGAAGAAGAUGGUGACGAAGCUGAUGAUGAAGAGGAGCAGGACAUACACGGCACAGUGCGUGUCUAUCGAGAUGAGCUGGCACCUUGCGUGGGCGACGAUGUGACAGUCGAAUUCGAUAUGGCCCCGACAAUUAUUGAAGCCGUAGAAAUAAGCGACUCAGAGGUUGACCUUUUUGAUUCAACGCAGCAUAAUUAGUUAUAGCUAAUGGAAUAGAGUUACUUUUGUGCAGAGGUGGUGUUAUUGCCGCUCUUUUUUAAUUUAUAUUUUAUUUCUCUGUAAUAAAUAAGUCAUAUUAUUGUUGUUUUAGGUAGGGUUUGUGGUAAUACUGGUAGAGUAGUACUUUUUUCUUAAUAAUUGUCAAUGCGCUUCAAUCUACUAAUGAAAUUUAAAUACGAACAAAAGAUUACAAUAAAAGAUACGAGUACGGUCUUCAAGAGCUCCUAAAUAAGA